UUCUCAGGUUGCAGAGGACAGAGAGCGGCUGGCUGCUGCCCUCGUGAUGGCUGACGAAGACACGCUGCCCUCCGCAGACCCUGAAUGCUCCAGCCCAGGCCUCCCUGGGACCCCUACUGUGAAAGAGCUGGAAGAGCUCUUGAACACUGGGAGACCCUCCUGUAACCAUGUUGAUGAAGUGUGGCCAAACCUCUUCUUAGGAGACCUUGUUACAGCCCACAACAGGUUUGGCUUAUGGAAGAUGGGCAUUAGCCAUGUUUUAAAUGCGGCCCAUGGCAUGAUAUUUUGCAAAGGAUCCCAUGGCUUCUAUGGUCCCAGCAUUGAAUAUUAUGGAGUACCAGCCCAUGACCUUCCGAAUUUUGACCUGAGUCCGUAUUUCUACCCUGCGGCGGAAUUUAUACACAAAGCCUUGAGCAUCCCAGGAG